GGAGAGAAGAAGGGCAAAGAAUGGCCCCUUCAACCAUGUUUAGGACAGUAAACCCAAAUUUCCUUGUUUCUAGGAUCCUCUUUGCAAGCUCAGUUCUUAACCUGACAGAACUGGCUGCCCUUCGGCCUGACCUUGGGAAAUUGAAAAAGAUUCUAUACUUCCAUGAGAACCAAUUGGUAUAUCCUGUCAAGAAAUAUCAGGAGAGGAUUUUCAAUAUGGAUACAACCAAAUUCUUUCAUGCUUGGUGGCUGAUGUGGUGGUGUUCAACUCAGUUUUUAAUAUGGAGUCAUUUCUCACUUCUAUUGGAACAUUUAUGAAGCUGAUUCCUGAUCAUAGACCUAAGGAUCUGGAAAGUAUCAUCAGACAGUGCCAAGUUAUUUACUUUCCCAUUAGGUUUCCUGAUGUGAGCAGAUUCAUGCCCAAGCACAAAAUAGCUCAUUUAAAGAAGAUGCUCAGCCUUAACAGAAAUUGUGGUGCUGCCCCAUCAAUGGCCCUUCCUUCCCAUCCAGAUCAGAGGGAUUCUGAAAAUUUAUUGGAGAAUUUUAAUUCAGAGUGUGAUGUAUACUCUGACCUCAGUACUGCACAAGAAAACCUGGACAACUGUUCAAAUCAGGAAUCAGACUUGAAAAAAUCCAACUUGUCAGAUAAUUCAAGCUCUCAUCAUGGGAAAAGUAAAGAAAAUCUGAUUCUUAAUCCUUGUGACAUUUUGGAUGGAGUUGAUGAUCAGCAAAGACCAUUGCAUAUUGUCUGGCCUCACAGGUGGGAGCAUGACAAAGAUCCAGAGACUUGUUUUAGGGUAUUAAUGCAUCUGAAGAAUUUACAACUCAAUUUUCACAUCUCUAUUCUUGGAGAAAGCUUUACAGAUGUACCAGAUAUAUUUUCAGAGGCCAAAAAGGCAUUGGGAUCUUCAGUCUUACACUGGGGCUACUUACCCUGCAAAGAUGACUAUUUCCAAGUACUGUGCAUGGCUGAUGUUGUCAUCUCAACAGCUAAGCAUGAAUUCUUUGGAGUGGCUAUGUUGGAAGCUGUAUAUUGUGGUUGUUACCCACUUUGUCCCAAAGAUUUGGUUUAUCCUGAAAUAUUUCCAGCUGAAUAUCUGUAUUCUACACCUGAACAGCUCACAAAAAGGCUCCAGAAUUUCUGCAAGAGACCAGAUAUUAUAAGAAAACAUCUCUAUAAGGGUGAAAUGGUUCCGUUCUCUUGGGCAGCCCUUCAUGGUAAAUUCAGGUCUCUGCUUACAACAGAACCUAAGGAAGAUUUGUGACAGAUGGGGCUAAGUCACAAACUUGCAGCCUAAGGCAGAAUCUGAAGAACUUUCCAGAGUGUGCCCAUAUUUACCUGAUCAGAGAGAAAAGAAAAUCUGCAGAGGAAGCUGAGCCUGGCUGCUUGUCAUAGCUGACACAGAGCCAUCUGCCACAAACCUGUGGCGGCUUCAGAUCUCCAAUCCCUGCCACCACCCCAACUCAAAUUAAAUACAGAUUCCUAGAGACGUUAUGAUGGUUACACAUGUCCUCGGCAUCACAUGUAGGAGACUGUUCAAAAAAAAAAUAUGUGGCCUGUUGUAUAACCGCACUCAUGUAUCCCAUAUGUGGUGCCACAUUGAAUUUCCGGUUGAAUCCAUUUUUAUCCUUUGUACUGGAUGACAUGGUGCCUGAAUUCUUUCUUUUUGCCGACACGAUGGCAGCCAAACUGCAGCUUCAAACGCUCAUACUUGGCUGGGUUUCUACCUGGGCUGCCAGGUUAUCAUUGGAGCCUUCUUGUGUCCUCAAAGGGCCACAGAGCCUGAAAGGAGGAUCAGAAUGCAACCAGAUUAAUGGGGCAGCCACCUCAGAAUUGUUUGUGGGCAAAAAUCUGCUUUAGCACUUUUCCUUUAGCAAAUUAAUGAUUCUCUGGCACAGGAGUUUUUAAGUGAAGGUAUUAAUAAGGGGUCUGGCAGGUACUCCCAUGAUUCACAUAGUUACAUUUGCAUUUAAUUAAUCUUAAAGAAAGUUGCAGAAUAAACAGCUGUAAUUCGGACAAACAUGGCAGAUACAGUCAGUGGAGCCCUCUCACCCAUAAAAUGAGCACUGAGAUACUUGUUUUAAUUUUCUCCAGGGGUUAAAAUAGAAAAAUUAAAAUACUUCUAACAAAACCAGUAAUUUUAAUACAAAUAUCCUUCAAAAAUAUUUGCAUCCAGCUACAAAUACAGUCUUUGAAAGAUAA